AUAUUCAUGGCUUGAUAUUUCUCUUCGAUGCGAUGGUUUGUUUGUUGUUCUGUAGAACAGAGAAAGGCUUGAUGCUCUCUUUUUAUUAAACUCCAGCCUGUCUGAGAAGAACUCAGAAGAAAAGACGUCCACAAAAAGUUCCUAUUUGAAAUUUAUCCACAAGAUGGCUGAAGGCGGUCAUUUCUCUGUCUUGGAUGAGGAAGAAUGUGAGGAUGAAGAGGACUUUAUGCCGGGUCCUUUUGUGAAGGAAUUUAUACCGGCUCCUUUCAUGUACACAGUUGUUACAGAGCUCAUGAAGCAGGGAGAUGAAAACGUCAAAGCGAAGCUACAUGAAGAUGCAUUGAUGUGUUACACCUUAGCGUUAAACCAGCAAGCUCCUCCCUUCAUGGAUAUAGCCAUCAUUUCCGAAAAGCUAUAUCGCAAAAGAGCCGUGUGUUACUUUAAGAUGGGCAAGUAUCUUGAGGCUGUCCACGACAGUGAAAGAGCUAUCGAAAUAGCUGAUGGAACUAACAAUAAAAACUUGGCAAAGUCUCUUUUCAUCAAGACGAAAGCAAUCAUGAGUCUUGAAGAUUACGUUGCGGCUUUUCCAAUAGCAGUCUGGUGCAAGCAUUUACGACCAAACUGUUCGACAACUAGAACAGUUGUAAAUGAUCUGAAGGAGAAACUAAAGGAGGAGUUUAGAAAGGAUGAUUUCAUGAUCAAGGUAGUACUCUUGAAGACGCUUGAGCUUGCCGACGAAGUGUCUAUUGACCCAAAGACCCGUGGACUAGCUCUGGAUUGUUAUAAUGAACUUCUGCAUUUAUUAGACUUCCAGAUUUUACCCGGAGUCCAAAUUAGAAAGGCUGAGUGUCUAUUACAAAUGGGAAGAUGCAAAGAAGCAAAAGAUGUCUGUGCAGAGGUACUUUGGCUACGAUGCAAUGAUGUGGAAGCUUUAAACCUAAUGAGCGAAAUAACGAGGCAAAUAAGACAAAAAAAAAUGAAAGAAGCAAGAGAAAAGAAGAAGCCAAAUAUUGACGAGUCAGAGUCUCUGGGAGAAAACAGAAAGAAUCCUUCAACCGCAAGUCCGCUUCUGAGCGAGGUCACUCAACAGAGUAUGCAAGAGAUAAAAGAGCCUUCUUUGCCUGUUAUGAAUAAUGAAGCGAAAGAACAAUCUAUAGAUCUGCAUCCCACACAAGUUGGAGGCUUGCAGACCAAAGAACAAGGAAGUAAACAGAAGAAAAAGAAGCGAAAUAAGGAGAAGAAAAAGAAAAGGAGAGCGAAGAAAAAGGCUCAGAAGAAAAGCGAGACCUCAAAAGGUCUACCACCGGUGAGUAACGACACGAAUUCAUCACUUGAUGAUAGCCCGGACGAAGACGACUCGCAAGCAACAGAUUCCGUCAUUGAAGAUCCAGAUGAUAGCUUAAGCUAUCUCCACAUGAACAACACAACUACUUUAACAUAUAGGCAUAAUGUUUCGGAAGUUGAUGGACGCGAGGAGUCUGACGGGGAAGAGUUUACGCUUGUACAGUAUACUCGCCGCCAACCGCAAAUGAGAGGAAAUGAAAUUUUAUUAGACAGCCCAAGGCAGUUUGAAGAGAAGGUAUCCAGUCUUGACUACAUCGUUUCAACAGGCGAAAAAUGUCAAUCAUCCAAGAACGUUAGUAUUCAGCCAAUCGCUGAGAAGCAAAGCUUGCCACGAGGCGGUACAGCGGAAACUGUAAAAACUCCGAUCACAGCAACAAAAGUUAAAUCGACCGAGCUAUUAUCUGAAACAGUUAUGGGAUCACAGGAUCACAAGACAUCCGUUAUUACCUCUACAGACAAAGUCAGCGACUUGAGCAAGAAAAAGACUGAAAUCCCAAACCUUCGGAAUGCCGAAGACUUUCCAAGUUUGGAAAGAGAGCCUGUCAAGGUAUCAGUGAGUUCUUCUGGUGCUGCCUGGAGCAAUUCGAUAGCACCUCGCGUGCCAGUUAGAGUAACAACUUCUUUGAACAAAAGGCCUGAUCAAUCAUCAAACAUGAUUCCUAUCCAGCAAGGUCGUUCCUUUGAUUUUCUUGGCUCUCCUAUAGCUGAACAGGGGCAACGUUCUCCAACACCAGCGUCAAUCAUCCAGACCUUUCAAAACGGUAGACCUACAAUAACAACCAAUACGCACGCGGAUCAGCUGACUGGUUUGAACAAUCUUGCACUAAUCCCAGAAAAGGUAUUUGUCGUUUGUGGUCACUUUUUGGGUAGCUGGCCUCCUUGCGACAGUGCACAGGCCAAGACCUGUCAAAGCUGCGAGGAUCUUAGUAUGCUAAAGUACGCUACCUGGAAUGACAUCCACCGCCAAUGGCAAGUAAUACGGCAAUUCCCUGCCGGUAUGAUUCCACCCACAGCUGUACUUGAUAUAUGCAAGCAUUUUGCAACGAGAAUGUCUUGUCGAAGAGAGCCAUGCACUUUUGCCCACGGAGAGUUAGAAAGGCAUAUCUGGGAAUUGCAGCGAGGAGGCAGACUUCCCACCCCUGAAGAGAGUCUACGUAUGUUACGAUCCACAAACGCAGCAACACCCGCACAGCUCAUAACACAGGCAAAAGAUGGUAAUUCCACAGCAGCUCAGGCGAUUAGCAAUAGAUCAGAAUAUCUUGUGACAGCUUCUUACAGAGAUUCUAUUGCAAAUCCCUCAUCUGGCUUUGGUACUGUCACGAAUCCAAGUCUUCCAUCGAACACUUUUCCCGGGGCUCAGUUUGGAAUACCUUUUAAAAGCAGCCCUAUUUCAGCCACACCUGCCAUUUUUGCAUCCCAGGCGGCUCUUACACGAAUUCGAACCGAUGCCUAUGUUAGCCCUACUGAAGACAGUUUUAACACUAAAUCUCCUCUCGUUGCAUGCCCAAUUCCCUCGGCACCUGGACAACCUCUUUUACCCGUUCAGCCCUUACCAACGUCUACUAUUAGGAUUGCGGAGGUGGUCUCAACAGGAGCAGAAGCGAUGGAAAACCCUAUAACACAUAUUGCACCUCCCACUGACAUGUCACCACUGGUUAAACCUGUGGAAGCGGUCUCACCUCACAACGGUUGGUCUUCAUCUUCAGAGAAAUCCGAAAGAAGUUCAACUCCAAUCCACUCCUCGGCACAAAAAUCCAUUUCUAUUUCCCAGGAGGUUGAGCAGAAUGCUAUAUCCACUCAAAGUUUCUGUGAAAGAGGCCGAGAAAAUUCUCAACCUUCCACUUGGUCUAGCGCCCUUAAGUCUCCUGGAAGACCGUCUACUCCGAUUCAAAAGACGACUACCAUCCUUCCAAUUAACUCUCCUAAUGAUUAUAGAAGGGUCCCUAACGGGGUAUACGUCGUGUGCGACGACUUCCUUCAGAAAAAUGGUAAGCGGGCAGCAAGUAUUUUCGACAAAAGCAAAGCUUGUAAAGGUUGUGAGAACCGGUCGAAGCUCAAGUAUGCUUUCUGGAGUGACAUUUGGAAACAGUGGGAAUUAAUAAGGCCGUUUCCCAAAGAGGUGAAAAUUACUGUUGCCUUCAAGGAAUGUCGUCAGUAUUCCAAACACGAACGUUGUCUUAGGAUACCAUGCUUAUUUGCGCACGGUGAGCAGGAGGUAACCAUGUGGACUAUGGAAAGAGAAGGGGUUCUUCCAACCCCACGGGAAACUCUUACUGGAUCAUCUAGUGGCAUGCCAUCUGCCUCUGCCGAAAAUUCCGCAGCCAAGCAGCCUCCAGUCCGGCUACUGCAUAGACCACCCCCGCCAGGAGUGACAAAUGGCUCUUAUAAACUGUGCAAGAGCUACUAUACAAGUGAACGAUGCAGAUUUGGUAGAGGGUGUAUCUAUGCUCAUAGCCAGGAAGAACUGAACGAAUGGAAACAGGAGUACGAUAGAAAAGUAAUGGAGAACCGUGCGAUGGAAAUCAAAGAGAAGGACGAAGAGUUUUGUUCAGAAAUGACAUCGAAAAUUUUAGAGGCACCACCAGAAGAUCGAGUGGAAUGUCUGGCCGGAGUUGAGGUUACUUGCACUCCUUCCGAGCUUAGUGUAAAACUUCGUGACAAAGAGCAGCAUGAGUGGACAUUUACUCUUAGCUUCAAGCCAGAUGAGGUAGGAUCCUUACCGAAUAUUUUUCUCCUUCACCGAUACCACAGCUGUUAUCGCUUAUCAGAAAUUCGUGUUGGUUGCAUUGAAGAAAAGCAAGGCUGUGAGACGUACAAGCUUUUAUACACAGCCAAGCUGGAAGACUCUUGGUACAAGUCUCCGAGCCCAAAGAGGCAGGUUGGGCGUGUAAAGGUGGCUCUCACAGUCUCCUUCGAAUCUCCUCUGUAUGGAAGCUUUGAACAGUUAGUUUUAUUCGACUUUGGGAGGAAGCCAUACCUCAUGAAAAAACUUAAUGCUGAUGUUACAAGUGAGUCAACAACCCUUCCCAUCGCACCAGAACAUCUCGCUACGCAUACGCCUGCAAUAUGGGACGAAAGGUCUGUGGAAGUAGUCAGAUUUGUCCACGAGACAAGAGAGGCUCUUCAGGCAGAACACUUGUCAAGGAAGUACAGUCUUCCCAGACAAGCAGAAAUCGCCGAAGAGCUCCUGAGCCCUAAGAUCUACAAACACGUCAUGCAUCAAUUGCUAUUUGUGGAGGAGAGGUUCAUGAAAGAAGAAAUAUCACGUUACACCUUAAAUAAUGCCCAGCUACAUGCUCAGUGGAAUAUUUUCGACGACAUGACUGGAAUGAAGUGUGCCGUGGAUGGCGAAUUGUUUGGUGUCCUCCAUCUGCAAGAAGAAGACGCUCUAAGACCAGACGAUGCAGCUGGCCGUCUCCUUUACCGCAACGUCAAUUCUGUCUGGCUCCAACUGGCCAAUAGUGGAUCUAAAACGGUUUACGAGGCUCCAGUAGAGAAAGUUGAGAGUGAGUGCGUUGUUCUAAGACUCCCGUCCAAACUGUGUUCAGACCUAAAGCUGCAUGACACCUGUGAUGUUGCCGUUCAUGCUCAGUUCCAGCUGAAUCGGUGGCCACUUUGUCAGUUGCACGAAGCUGUUGAAAGACUUACAUCAGGACAGUUACGUCUCAUAUUCCCGGAUCCAAGUGUUGGAACUGUCAUAAGUGAAGUAAAAAUUCGUUGGCAAUGGCUUCUCGACAAGCGUUUGAAUUCAAAUCAAAGGAGAGUCAUCGAAAGGAUUGCUUCCCUUGAGGAUAAUGCCCUCCCUCUGGUCGUAUUUGGUCCGUUUGGAACAGGAAAAACAUUUACUCUUAGCCAAUGUGUUCGUCUUUUGGUACAACUGGACAAAUCUCACAGAAUUCUGUUAUGUACUCAUUCUAAUCGGGCAGCAGACAUCCACGUGGAAUGGUUGCAUAACUGUGGAAUACCUGCAGCUAGGCCUCUAAGGGUUUAUCAGCCAAUGAGAAGACUCGAAACUACAUCUGAGAUAGCCAGAAAAUAUUCUUUGAUCAAGGACCGUAUGUUUGUUUUGCCUUGUCGGGAUGACGUCGUUGAGCAUCGCGUAGUGAUUACAACGCUGAGCACAUCGCAAGUGCUUCUUGAUCUGGAAGUUUUGCACGGAUUCUUCACUCAUAUCCUCAUCGAUGAGGCCGCUCAGGCGCUAGAACCCGAGGCGUUAAACCCAUUGAAGUUUGCGGGAACAAACACGAAAAUAGUCUUUACGGGAGAUCACAUGCAGAUGAGCCCAGAAGUCUAUUCGCCUCAAGCGCGAAGUUUGGGACUGGAAAAGUCACUGGCUGAAAGGCUGUUCGACCUCUAUGAAAAGUAUGAGGCUGAAGCACCCAAGAGGAAUCCCAACCUAGACGAGGAAUCCAAUGUUAUGUGGCUGACGGAAAACUACCGAUGCAAUGAGUGUAUUCUCAAGUUUCCCUCUGAAAAUUUCUAUGGUAAAAAGCUGAUUGCUCGUGGCCAUGAAUCCCAACCGGAGCACCCGAAAUAUGGCCCCCUUUUAUUCUUCUCCGCACGCGGUAAAGAAACAAAAGAGCAAGACAAUUCUUAUCUAAACUUGUCUGAGGUUUAUGAAGUAGAGAAGAGGGUGAAAGAGAUUGCCGACAGUUGGCCAACUGUUUGGGGCCCCAAAAUUCUGUCUGAUAUUGCAGUAUUGUCCUCUUACCGUUACCAGGUUAAAGCCAUACGAAAAAGAUUACGACAGGUAAAAGAUCUGAGUGAUGUAAAGGUGGAUACAAUCCAUAACGUGCAAGGAGAAGAAUUUCGGGUGCUUUUUAUCAGUACCGUGCGUACAUUUCAUACCUGCAAGCCGCAGCAAGAAGAAUUGCGUAACAGUGGAUCAGGUGGACAACUUUAUUGGGAAUUUUUGUCAGAUCCAAAAUUACUUAACACAGCUGUGACGAGAGCGAGAUGCAUGGUGGCAGUAGUGGGCGAUCCUGUCUCUCUUUGCACAGUGGGAGAAUGUCGUGGAAUCUGGAGAGACUACAUUAAGAGAUGUAAUAAAGCGCGUGGCCUAUUUGGGACAACAAUGGAAGAGCUAUCAAGAGAAAUAAGCGCUUCUAUUGCCAGUGUCCAGCUCAAUCCUGAAGCUAAGACGUUCAUUCCAAGUUUCGUUCCAAAGCUUGAGAAGAGCUUAGGCGCAAAAGCACCCGAGAAAACAAUAGAAAUUGCCCAAGAGGACGUUUAUGUAAGGCAGGUGAUAGAGGAGCAAAAUUUUAGGAAAGUUGUGGAAACAGAGAGCGACACCCGAGAGGCAAGUGGCCAGCGAAUCUCGAGUGAAGGAUCGGCGGAAAAUGAUGCCUUGGACAGCAAAGGUAUACCCAUUCUCAGUCUUACGGAGCAGGAUCAGGAUCAGGGUGAAGAAGAGCCUGACGACGACAAUGGAGAUUCAAACGACUUUCAAGAUAGCCUUCUUGAGGACGAGACAGUAUUUCCGAGAGACAUGGACGAAAUAAUUCAGGCAUUUGUCCAAAAAUGCGAAGAAACACUGAAAAUGGACGAAGAACGCAAAUCAAUUUUUGACGACUGCGAAUUCCCUUCUCUUCAAGCGGUGGAAGGCUUGAAAAAGCCACCAAUCGAGCACGCACAACACCCUGCAUUCAAGGGUGGUGCCGACAUAAAGGAUCUGUUUCCAGAGGUACGAGUCAUAAACGGCCGUAUUGAAGUGCGUCUUACUAACCUUGGCUUUUACAAUUCUCCCUCUGAAAGAGCAAAACGAAUCAUGAUUUCCUCAAAGCAACAGGAUUUUCUUGAUCCCUCUGUCUUGAUGCAGCUCAUUGCAGACGAACCUGAGAAAUACAUUGUAUGUAACCUUCGUCUUAGUCCCGAAAAGUCGCAGGUGGGUUAUGCAGAGGUAGAAGAUACCAAGACGCCAUCCAUUCACAUCAAGGGAAAGCUCCGUCAAGCAUUCGAUAGAGACAAAGUUGUUAUAGAGCUAGUUGAGAGGAAAGCCCGUUCAAAGGCUGAUGAAAAUGAGCCAGGGGUCCAAGGAAGAGUUGUUG